GUCGGACCGCCGCCGCUCUCCGCUCGCGUCCCUCCUCGUGCUGUCCUCGCCGUGCACGCGCGUGGUACCCACGGUCGUGAGGAGGAGGAGGAUGUUGCGCGUGAAGGGGAAAUGGCUGCCGAAAACAAGCCGGAAGGACUGAAGAAAGUUCGUAAUCCGGAUCGAAUGUACAGAUCAGCAGUGUGUUAUGCUGGCCACGGUCCACCUAAGAGUAUCAGUGAUGACACAGAGACGAACAAUGAACACGGACAUUUGAAAAUAUACCUGCCCAAGAAGCUGCUUGAAUGUCUACCAAAAUGCACGUCGCUGCCAAAGGAGAGACACCGGUGGAACACUAAUGAGGAGAUUGCAGCGUACUUGAUAACAUUUGAAAAGCAUGAAGAAUGGCUAACGACAUCCCCUAAAACAAGGCCGCAGAAUGGGUCGAUGAUACUGUACAAUAGGAAGAAGGUGAAGUACAGAAAGGACGGCUACUGCUGGAAGAAGAGGAAAGAUGGAAAGACGACACGGGAGGAUCACAUGAAGUUGAAAGUGCAGGGAGUUGAGUGUUUGUAUGGCUGCUACGUCCACUCCUCCAUCAUCCCCACCUUCCACCGCAGGUGCUACUGGCUGCUUCAGAAUCCUGAUAUUGUGCUCGUCCACUAUUUGAAUGUUCCAGCCAUUGAGGAUUGUGGGAAACCGUGUGGACCUAUCUUAUGUUCCAUCAAUACAGACAAGAAGGAAUGGGCCAAGUGGACCAAGGAGGAGCUGAUUGGCCAGCUCAAGCCCAUGUUUCAUGGCAUCAAGUGGACUUGCAGCAAUGGGAACAGCAGCUCAGGCUUCUCAGUGGAGCAGCUAGUGCAACAGAUUCUGGACAGCCACCAAACUAAGCCACCUCCCCGGACUCACAACUGCCUCUGCACGGGUACCCUGGGUGCGGGGAGCAGUGUCCACCACAAAUGCAACAGCUCCAAACAUCGCAUCAUCUCCCCGAAAGUGGACCCCCGCACUGGGGGCUACAGCAAUGCACACUCUGAGGUGCAAAACAACGAUGUAUCUGAGGGAAAGACAGAGCACAGUGCCCAUGGUGGAGGCAAAAGCUCUGGGGGUGGUGGUGGAGGGAGCAGUGCCAGGGAGAAACGCAACGGCAAAGUCCACAAGCCUGUCCUGCUGCACCAGAACAGCACGGAGGUGUCGUCCACCAACCAGGUGGAGGUCCCAGACACCACACAGAACUCCCCCGUUUCCAUCAGCAGUGGCCUCAACAGCGAUCCGGAUAUGGCUGACAGCCCGGUGGUGACAGGGAUGAGCCACGUGCCCUCUGUCAUGUCCAGUCUGUCCCAGAGUGUCUUCAUGUCUGAGGUCGCUGGAGACCCCGUCUACAGUAUGUCUCCUACCGGGGGUCCCAACACUCACCUAAUCGGUGCUGACGCCGCCUCACAGGCCUUGGUGCUGUCUGUGGCUGCCGAUCGGCACAAAUUCGCCUUCCCUGGAGGCGGAGUGGGAGAGCCUGGAACUACCACAGCAGGAGACAGCCUGUCUAUGUUGUCUGCAGCCGGGGUGUCUGAGGAGCUGGUGCUAACGAGCACUCUGGACACUGGAGCCAUGAAGAUCCCAGAAACUAAUAUGAACUUUGACCCUGACUGCUUCCUAAACAAUCCCAAACAGGGCCAAACCUAUGGUGGCAGCGCGCUGAAAACGGAGAACUCCCCCUCAGCAUCUUCCUCUGGUGGCAGCAACAUUAACAACGGCAGCUUGCAGCGCUCCCCCAUGUCAGACAACGGCUACACCUUCAGCUCAGCCCUCGUAAAGAACAUCAAGACGGAGGACACGUCAUUUGAGCAGCAGCUGGCCAAAGAGAGCGGCUACCAGGUUGGGGGAGUAGUGAACUGUGGCGGCGGGGCAUCAUCUGGCGCCGGCUCAAAUCAGGGUAAUCUUGGUCUGACGGCAGCAGGAUCCCUGCUUCCUUCUGGUGGGGGUCUGAGUCCCAGCACUACUUUGGAGCAGAUGGAUUUUAGUGCCAUUGAUGCAAAGCAAGAAUAUACUUCUAACGCUGCCGCAGUGAGUUACAGUCAAGCCAUGUCUAGCCCUCAUAUGCAACAUCAGAACCACUCUCCAAGCUUUUUCCUCCAGGAUACUUCUCAAACCAGCCAGACUCAGCAGGGGAGGUCAAGCUUGAUCCAGAAAACACAUCUGAUGGAGCAUAACUCCCAUGACUCUGGAGCAUAUAUGGGGCUACAGGUGGUGAAAACGGACUCUCCCGGAAGCAACGGCCACCUUCAUCACCACCAUCAGACACAGCACAGGGCCAACUGUAAUGGAGGUUCACCCACAGAUGGGCCUGGCCAGACUGCUUCCCUCCAACUGCUUCAGUACCAGGGGACUUUUCCUGGGAUGGGCACCGAGCAUGAGGAGGUGGUCGGUCUAGAGCAAGGCGGGGGUGUGAGUUCAGCUCAGACUGGAGCCGUGGAGAAUGGAGCUGGGAAUCUGCUCAAGCCAGGAGACCACAUUCAGGCAUGUGGAGGAGGAAAUGGAGAUGGAGCAGAGCAUUACCUGCAACAGGCCACAGAUGGUGGUGGAGGUGCAAGAGGUGUGGGUGAAGGAGUAACAAUUCACAAUGGAAACAACAACAAUGAUGGCAGCAACCGCACCCAGCAGCAGCAGCAGCAGCAGCUACAGCCCCUCCUGCAAGGCACAAGUAUGGUGCAAGGACUCUACAACACGGUAGGAACCCACCAAGGUCUAGGUGGAGCAGCUGGUAAUGGAGGAGCAGGGGGAACAGGCAUGGAGAUCAAUUUAGACCACUUUGACAUAUCUUUUGGCAACCAGUUCUCUGACCUCAUUAAUGACUUCAUCUCAGUGGAUGGCAGUGGGACCGCCAUGUCUGCUGGGGGGGCUCUGUAUGCUCACCAGCUGGUCACGUCACACAGCUCUGAAAACCAGAACACAGCCAGCGGGGCCCCUCAGCAGGCCCAGGAGGACGGAGGAGCCAGGGCCUCUGGCUACAACCCGUCUGAGCUCUGCCUUCAACCUUGCUGCAGCCCCCAGUCUCUGAGUGGGGGUGCCAGUGCAGGAGGCAACACUGGAGAAGCUGGUUCACUGUCCUACAUGAAUGUUGCAGAGGUGGUUUCUGCAGCUGUUGCCCAGGGGGCUUUGGGAAUGCUGCAGGCCACAGGCCGCCUCUUCAUGGUCACUGACUACUCCCCCGAGUGGUCCUAUCCUGAGGGUGGUGUAAAGGUGCUGAUCACUGGUCCCUGGCAGGAGGCCAGCUCAAACUACAGCUGCUUGUUUGACCAGAUCUCAGUCCCGGCGUCUCUCAUCCAGCCAGGGGUGCUGCGCUGCUACUGCCCAGCUCAUGAUACAGGUCUGGUGACGCUGCAGGUGGCCAUCAGUAACCAGAUUAUAUCCAGUUCUGUGGUGUUUGAGUACAAGGCCCGCGCUCUUCCAUCACUGCCAUCCUCGCAGCACGACUGGCUCUCCCUCGAUGAUAACCAGUUCAGAAUGUCUAUCCUGGAGCGCUUGGAGCAGAUGGAGAGAAGGAUGGCAGAGAUGGCCAGCCACCAGCAGUCGAGCAGUGCAGGGAGUGGCGGAGCUGGUGGAGGAACAGGGGGAGGGGGUGCAGGAGGAGGAGGCUGUGGAGGAGGUGGAGGAGGCAACAACAGCCAGUCACAGUGUGUUUCUGGCCAGAUGCAGGCCAGCAGCUCGUUUGAGAGCCGUGUCGUGGUGGUCUGUGAGAAGAUGAUGAGCAGAGCUUGCUGGGCCAAGUCCAAACAUUUAAUCCACUCUAAGACCUUCAGAGGGAUGACACUCCUUCACCUGGCUGCUGGCCAGGGCUAUGCCACCCUCAUUCAGACACUCAUCAAAUGGAGGACUAAGCAUGCCGAUAGUAUUGAUCUGGAGUUAGAAGUGGACCCUCUCAAUGUCGAUCACUUCUCCUGUACUCCUUUGAUGUGGGCAUGUGCACUGGGUCACUUGGAGGCAGCAGUGGUCCUGUAUAAAUGGGACAGACGUGCCCUAGCAAUCCCAGACUCUCUGGGUCGCUUACCGUUAUCGAUUGCACGCUCUCGUGGCCACACCAAGUUGGCUGAGUGCUUGGAGCAGCUACAGCGGGAAGAACAGCCCCCAGCACCUCUACCACCCACAAGCCGUAUGUCUUUCUCUCCAGCCCCUGACGCACCCACCACAGACAGCUGGAUGGUCAGCUGGGCAAACGACGGCACAGUAGCACCCAGUGGAAAGAAAGGUCCUACCAACACUACUAUAUCAAGCACCACUAGCCUCAAUCCAGACUUGAGGAGACCUAGGUCAGAGCCCUCCAACUGUUACAACAGUGAGGGCCAAAGAGACCUCCCACUAGCUAAAAAACAUAAACCCAAUCCAGAACUGUUUCAGACUCGGCCUAACAAGGCCAUGUCUGUUCCUUUGAGCCUGGAGCAGCAGCAACUCCACAAACUGUCCACAAGCACCAAGAGCCUGUCCUCAGAGGGCCUGAGCUCAGACAAACACCUGUCUACAGGAGGCAGCACCGCAACUGCCAGAUGGACCUCCAGAGAUAAUUUCUCAAGCAGCAACUUGGGGAGGAAGUCGCUAGGGAUGAGCGGGAGCAGCAGUCUAGCAAAAGAGAAGCUGGUCAACCGACUGCGGCAGCGGGAACAGCUAGGUAUGCUGGUUAUGGCAGACAGAGAGAUGGCUAAUUCAGAGCUGCUAUCAUAUCGGGAAGAUUUGGAGAACCAGGACUGUUUCACACAGAUGGACGACCUGCAGGUGAAUAUGAUGACUCUGGCAGAGCACAUCAUUGAAGCCACACCAGAGAGAAUCAAAAGGGAGAACUUCACAGCAGCGGACUCCGUGCCCUUAGAUACAUCAGGGGUCAGCAGCACCAUGAACUGGCUGGCCAACUACUUGGGUGAUGUGGAACAGCUGCCAAGCAUCAUACACUUACGAUCUCUGUACAAUGAACCUCUGACACCAACUUCCAACCCUAGCCUGAGUCCUGGGGGGUCUCCGCUGCAGGAGGGCCCCCUGGACAGGUCAGCGGUCCCUUCUCUAGCUGACUGGAGUGAGUUCAUCAAUGCCUCCAACAGCAAGGUGGAGCGAGACCUGGCCCAGCUGACUCUGUCAGAUCCAGAGCAGAGAGAGCUGUAUGAGGCUGCCCGUCUGGUCCAAACUGCCUUCCGCAAGUACAAGGGGCGGCCGCUCCAAGAGCAACAGGAAGUAGCUGCUGCUGUUAUACAACGCUGCUACAAGAAAUACAAACAGCUAACAUGGAUAGCCUUGAAGUAUGCACUUUAUAAGAAGAUGACGCAGGCCGCCAUCCUUAUCCAGAGUAAAUUCCGUAGCUACCACGAGCAGAAGAAGUUCCAACAGAGCAGGAGGGCGGCGGUGCUCAUUCAGCAAUACUACCGCAGCUACAAGGAGUUUGGCAGGCUGAAGCCUCAUCAGCGUGGGGCAGCUGCUGCCCUGGUGCAGCACAAACUGAGGGGUAGUCUGCUCACAAAAAGGCAGGAUCAGGCUGCAAGGAAGAUAAUGAGGUUUCUACGACGCUGCCGCCACAGCCCCUUGAUGGACCAUAGACUGUUCAAGCGGGUGAGUGCAGCCUCAGCAACUCAGGUGAAAGAAUUGAAAAGGGCCAGGGAACAUGAGACCCCUCAGAAGAGCCCCCUUGCGAUGUGACAUCACUCUCCCGACUCCUCUCUUCUUCUUUUUUUUUUUUGUUUGUACCUGAGACAAUUUACAAAAGAACAGAACAUUGAAAAGAAGUUAAAAAAAGAAAAGAAAAGAAAAACAUCAAUGCAAGCACUGCUAUUAUUACUACAACAGCAGUGCUACUAUUACAUGUACAACAGCAUUUUUUCCCCACACAUCGGUUGUUUCCACUGACUUGAUUUGGACUGAAGAGUGGCAACAGGACUAGAAACUGACAGGGCAUGUGGGGGGAAGGGUGCAGAACAUUGGCUUUGUGGCAUUUUUUGCACUUUUUCAUGGAUUUCUUUGUGUUUCCUGGAUAUGAAGAAGUUUUGAACGACAAAGGAAGGCGAUGCAGGGCAGGUGGAUUGUCACAUGUCGAGGACCUCGUCAGGUGGAAAGUUUGGGCGGCUGCAGAAAAUCUCAGAAGACAAAAGAAAACCUCACAGAAACAUUGUGGACUCCUGUUGAACUCCAUGGUUUAUUUUGUAUCUUACCAGUUUAAUUCAUUUAAAGACCAAAUACACUGAUAUAACCCACCUAUCCACUUUAAUCCACUCCUUUUGAUUGAACGAUACUCAGCUUAAAUUAAUGUUUUCUCCCGUCCGACCGCGCUCUACCCCACCAGUCUACCCUCAUGGGUAGAGCUCCAAAUGAAUGUAGUGAAAAUCAAAACCACAAAUUAGGGAUGAAUAUUUCUGUUUUAACAUUUCUUAUUAAAAAAAAACGCUUUAUCAUAUCUCGCUCUAUAUAUAAAUAUAUAUAUAGUCACUUUACUACUUGAAUUUGUUUCAUAUUGUCCAAUGUAUUUCUUCCAUCAUUGUCAAUGUAUUGGUGAUCUGUACCUCCAGGCUAUAUGUUCUUAAAACCCUACCAAGAGAAAAUGCAUGACUUCUUGGGAAGAAAUGUCUUUGCUUGUGUGUUUAUGGCCUAGUCUUUCAGCCUCUCCUCUGAUUUUCUUCAUUUUUUCACGUUAGUGACCCCACACAUCCAUGUUCUCCGUCAUUAGAGCCUCUCUUUUUUUCUGUAAUUAGGCUAUUUCCAUGCUG